CGUGAAUUUACUCACUAGUCCCUAACCCGGUGGAGAGAUAAAGAGGUCGUGAUUUUGAACGCUCAAUAUUAUUUAUUAUGCAUCUCAAGAUAUUUACCUAUAAUUCUGAUUCGUGUUCAAGAUCAGGAUUUACAGUUUCUUUGACAAAUUAUUAACAAUGGACCGUUUGCUUAGUCAUUUCGAAAGCCCAUAAUAUUUCAACGGUCCUUUGGUUCCUUUCUGGCCCAAAGAUAUCUAACGCAGCCGAGAAAUACAAGAACCCAAGCCCACACGCCCAAAUCAUAAUUUUUUCAGUACAUAUUUUUUCUCUCAGACCAAAAUGCAGAGCACCCGGCACAAAAUCACACCCUCCUCAACCGCCGUCCUCCGCCGCCUACCACCACGAAUACGAUGAAUCAGGGCCACUCGGAAUCAUCAGAAUCCCGGUUCUAUUCCGCCAUCACAAGGGUUUCCGUGGCACAAAUUUGUCAAUCUGUGGGCUACAAGAAAGCACAAAACCGCGCUUUAGACAUCCUCAGCAACAUCGCCGGCCGGUUUAUCCAAGCAAUUGCUGAUUCCGCCACCGUCUCUGCCAACUCCGGCGGCCGCACCGAAUCCAAUCUGGCCGACAUCGUAAGCGCGCUUGAGGAAUUGGGUUCCGUUCAGGGCUUCGUUGGGGCACAUGAAUUACAGGGAUCGCAUUGUUUGAUGUCUUCUUCCGUGUUAAAGGGAAUCAUGCGGGUUGUGGAUUGGAAUGAGGAAAGCCCUUUUGCUCAGCCAAUACCCAAAAAAAUCUUGCCAGAUGUGAAGAAAAGUGGCUGUCAAACGGGUUUAGUCCAUGUUCCAAGAUGGUUACCAGAAAUGCCUGAAAUAACUGGUAAUGGGUUGGGGCUGGAAACAAAAAUCAGAACAGAGGUAAUGUGGGAGGAAACUUCUAGAAAGAAUUUUGCUGAGAGAGAAAGAAAGCUGCUAAUUGAAGGGAGUGAAAAGGUGAAAAAGGGAUUUGAAUUACCUGAGAAGAGGAUGAAGGUGAAGUUUAAGAUGGGAAUGGGAAUGGUAAAUAAGAGUUUUGGGAUGGACAUAGGAAUGAGAAACAGUGGGGUCUUCAGUAGAAGUGGAAAUGGGAAGAGAAUCCUGUGCCAAGGUUGGAAUGAUGAAUGAAGAAAAAUUAAUUGGUAGAGGAAGAAGGAAGAGUGUAGUCUAUAUCUAUGUAUUCCCUGUUGCUGCUGCAAAUGAGUGGUGCUGAUGAUGAUGGUGAUAAAUUUUCUAUAUAGAGCUAAUACAUUUAUAGUGAUAUUCUAAGAUGAUGUUUUUUUUGGGUUAUAUGUUGUUACUGAUCGAGAAAGUUUUGGCCUAUGAAGCAUUCUACAAGACUCAAGGUAUCAAUACUACUAUUACAAGAAGUUUUUGGAGGAGAAUUUGGUUUGUUUUGGGGAUGCAUAUAUGAAUCCAAUAUGUCAGAAUAUGUAUGUAGUAACAUUUUUUUUUCCAUUCUUGGUUCUUUUUUGCCUUUUGUCCUCUUUGUGAACUUUGGUCAUGCUUAUGUGUUUGCUUCUGAAAUUUAGCAAAUGUCUGCCAACUUUCAUAAUUGGUUUUUGCAGCAGAGAAUGGCUGGAGAUUUUGAAUUUUUAAUAGCAGAAAAUCCAUAUAAUGCGCCAAGUAACUUUUCUGGUGACUGAUUACCUC